AUGACGAAGAUUGAAAAAGAGGAUGAUCAAACGGGCAUUGGGGGAAGCCCAGGGAAAUCUGUAGUUUUGACAGGAGACAGUCCGUUCUUGUUUCCCUUCGACCCAUGGCCGAUACAGCUGGCAUUUAUGAACAGCCUCUACGAGGGUCUAAGUCUUGGGAAAGUUAUGAUAAUGGAGAGCCCAACUGGAACGGGAAAGUCUUUAAGCCUUCUGUGCGGAAGUCUCAAGUGGCUGCACGACUUCCAUCGUCAAUUGGAAGUGGAGGAAUAUGCGAAAUGUGUCCCCAAUGAGCCUGGUAUAUCCAAUUCUGGUACCGAUGAACCUAGUUGGGUUUUGGAGCAUGAGAGAAAGGAAGCUUUGCGCGAAUUGGAAUACACAGCAGAGAGAAAGCGAAAACGAGCACAACGCCUCGAGGAACUUCGGCAGGCGGAGAAAGAGAAUGGGUGGAGACGAACUGUAAAACGACCGAAGAAUCAUCAUUGCAACGACGAGGGCGAAGAAGAACCUCAAGAAUUUUUAGUGGACGAGUACGAGAGCGACCCAGAAGCUUCGGGCACAAGGGGUGAUCUUGCGGACAACCCAACCGACUCUGAUGAUCAUCAAGAUGAACGCGACGAGAUGAAGAUUAUCUAUUGCAGUCGAACGCAUUCACAGAUAUCUCAAUUUAUUAAGGAAAUGAAAAAAACAGCCUAUCAAACUGUGAAAUCCGUAUCCCUCGGGUCGCGCCAGACGAUGUGCAUCAACGACAGCGUAAAGCAACUAAAAUCCGUGUCCCGUAUGAACGACAAGUGCUUAGACCUCAUUAAAGGCACCUCGAAACAAGGAGGGUCCUGUUGCCCGUACCUUAGCAAAGAUCAGCAGAAGAGAGCACUGUUCACCGACCAUCUCCAUGCAGUCAUUCGAGACAUAGAGGAGAUUGUUGAAACGGGAAAACGGCAGGAUACCUGCCCAUACUUCGGCUCUCGCUACGCUGUUCGGACAUCCCAGGUGGUCACUUUGCCUUACUCUAUGUUACUGCAGAAGACAGCUCGAGAAUCCGUUGGGAUAACGGUCAAGGGAAAUAUCGUGAUUAUCGACGAAGCCCAUAAUCUAAUUGAUGCCAUCACGUCCGUUCAUUCUGUCUCACUGGAUUCGCGGCAGCUUAACCGGUCGGAAGCCCAAUUGCAAUCGUACUUGCAGAAGUACAAGAGUCGGUUGAAGGGGAAAAACCUUGCAUAUAUCCGCCAGUUACUUUUAUUGAUAAAGGCAUUGCAGAGGGCCCUCAGACCGCUGAUGUCUGAAGAGCGAGCUCAAUCGUAUAUCCGAAGGACCAAUGACUUCGUCCAUGAUUUAGAUAUUGAUCACAUUAACCUCUUCAAAAUUGAAAAGUAUCUCGUCAACAGCAGGCUUGCUCAAAAGCUGCAAGGAUUUGCCGAAAAAACUGAAGAUCCUAAAGUUGCUGCAGAUUCUGAGGAUACUGACUUUAUGCCUAAACAUGUUUCUCCGCUUAAGCCGGUGGAGACAUUUUUGAUGUCGCUAACCAAUCCCGACUUGGAAGGGCGCAUUGUGGUAAACAUCAGUGAAGCUGAUUCGAGUGCAUCAAGUUUGAAGUAUCUCUUACUCAACCCAGCGAACUGCUUUCGCAGCAUUGUGGAGGAUGCUAGAGCGGUUGUCCUCGCUGGCGGGACAAUGGAGCCGGUACAAGACUUAUUAGAUGAGCUCUUUCCAUAUCUUCCCACCGACCGUAUCUCUCGAUUCACAUGCGGACACAUAAUCCCCCCAACGUCUUUGUUAACUACAAUCGUCGCUAAAGGUCCCAGCCAGAUUGAUUUUGACUUCACGUUUGAAAAGCGGAAUGACGGGAAAAUGAUUGAUGAGCUGGGUGGUGCAAUUGCCAAUUUUUGUAAUGUGACUCCAGGGGGAGUCGUCUGUUUCUUCGCCUCUUACGACUAUCUCGAAGUGGUCUAUAAUCGAUGGCAAAUGGGACGAAUUCUUUCUAGAAUUAGUAGUAAGAAACAGGUGUUCAAAGAGCCGAAGCAGAGUGUCCUGGUUGAUACGACCUUGACGGCGUAUGCGCAAUGCAUCCGAAAUACUAGCAAUCGGCAGGGGCACACGGGUGCCAUUCUCUUUGCGGUCGUUGGAGGUAAAAUGAGUGAAGGAAUAAACUUUUCAGAUGAUUUGGGAAGACUGGUCAUUAUGGUUGGUUUACCGUUUCCCAACAUCCGUUCCCAGGAGUUGAAGGAGAAAUUGAAUUACGUUAAAGCUCGUGCUUCAUUACGGGGUUUAGACGGCGCGGUAGCCAAUGAUUACUAUGAAAACCUGUGUAUGAAAGCUGUAAAUCAGUCUAUUGGCCGCGCGAUUCGCCAUAGGGAUGACUAUGCGGCGAUCGUGCUAUUAGAUUACCGCUACGGACAGCAGCGCAUAAAGCAGAAAUUACCUGGGUGGAUUAGAGACGCGGGAAUAAGUGAGCCUGGUGGAUUUGGGAGGGCGAUUGCAGAGAUUUCCAAGUUUUUCCGCGGUAUAAAAAGCCAGGGUGCUAGUCUUUGA